AUGCCAUUGGAUGAUGACCAACGGCAUUCACAAAAGCCACCGCCGCCGCCGCUACCACCACCACCAAAGGCCACCAGUGAUCGGGCGGUGCUGACAAGUUCGAAUGCGACGACAACGACUGGUGGUGAGCGGCGUAAGAGAGAUGCAUCCGCUUGGACACACGCGUGCGCGUUGGAACACACACGCGCGCAAACACGGCCAUGUGAGGUGACCACUGCCGAACACGGUGUAGUGAGUACAUCCAUUUGUGGCUCUGUUAUGACAUUUGAACCUGGUUGCGAGGAGACUGAUUCGGUCGUAUCCAUGGCAAAUCAAUCGAUCGAUGGGAAAUUCAGUCGAGAAUUGAUAAAAAAACGUCGUCUAACCAGUAGUUCCAACAUUUCGGGUACGGCAAUCAAAAAGGGUCGCAUGUUCCCAUCGGAUGAUACUUGGACUUUGGAUCCGGUCGAUUCGACCACAGAGCACGAGUCCUCCUCCACUGGUCAACUGUCUGAUCGAACUACAGCAUGUUGGAAUACCGCCGAGCUAGGCUCUACCAUUGUUUCCGCCUCUUCGCCGUCAACCGGGUCCCCAAUUUCUGCCCACUCCCAGAUAUCCCCGGAAUCCACACACGUGGAAUCCCACGGGAUAGAGCAAUCCGGUAUGACUGAACGAAAACCCAAAUCCACCGCAUUUUCCAUCGAUUCGAUUAUGGGCAAAACAACACCGGAUGAAUUAUCAGAACAUCCAGAAAAUCACGGUCUUACUAAUAUUAUUGCUAACAUCAGUCACGUUCAGUUAGAAUCUCCUGGUGGAAUAGUGGUGAUCUAA